GUUUGAAAAACUGGACAUUACUCCAAAAAGUGCUCAAAAAAUCAAGCCUGUCCUAGAACGAUGGAUGAAAGAAGCCGAAGAAAGACAUUGGAAUCAUUACAAGAGUGGCCAAAGUCAUUUGACCGAUUUCAUUGGGGUGGAGCCGUCUAAAAAGCGAAAACGUCGUACAUCGUUCACACCACAAGCACUGGAAUUACUUAAUGCUCAUUUCGAACGGAAUACUCAUCCAUCAGGGACGGAAAUCACAGGUCUCGCACAUCAAUUAGGCUAUGAACGGGAAGUAAUACGAAUUUGGUUUUGUAAUAAACGUCAAGCGUUAAAAAAUACCGUACGAAUGAUGUCCAAAGGUAUGGUCUAAUUAAAAAAAAUUACCAAGAGGCAUAGAGAACGCAUCGCUUACAUGCAAUACAAUCCAAAUACGUAAAUCAAAUGCAAUCAUUAAAACAUUCUGUAAUUAAUUAAAAAGAAAAAAGCAGAAGAAAAAUCAACAUACAAGCAAAUAAGAAUGAAAAUUAGGCUUAACAAAAAUGUCAUACAUCAAACACAUUUUCACAUUACUUAUAAUAGAGUCCAUAUUCGUAGUGUUUGCAAAAUAAAUUUUAAUGAAUUUCUUUAAGAUAAAAAUAGAUAUGUUUCUCAUCACACUCUCUCUACACCAGAAAAAAAACAUCCUCACACACAGUCAAACACAAAGCAUUUCAAUAGAGUAUAUUUAAUUUAUAUACAAAUUGUAAUGUUUUAAUUGAGAGAUAAGAGAAAUAGACGCGUAAAAAUGAACGAUAAAAAAUAGUUUAUGUAUGUUUUGCAAGUAGAAAUUUGACUAAUUUCUUUAUAGUUUUGUUUCGAUUUGAUAUUAAUCAUAAGUUGCACGGGCCACAACUGAAUACGUUUGCUAGGUUGAAAAAUAUUUUUAAAAAAACAUACACACACAAAAUAAUAGAUGCAUAAGAUGAAACAUUACCUAGCCAUAAUGCAUCUGAUUAUUUGCUCUAAUCAACUAUGUGCCAUCAAAUGAAAAAAAAAAACUGAUAAUUAUAAAAAAAACACCGAAAUACAAUACUAUUGACAAAUAAAAAUCUUGUGAAUUCUAUGAAAUUGACUUCAAUUGGGAUGGAAAAAAAAUGACAUUCAUAUAUUUAGAACCAAUCAAUGGCCGCAAUUUAUUUUCCUAUAUGUUUUUGAUUCCUUAGUCGAACAAUUUGGUUUGAUACGCGCUUGCUCUCAUUUCAAUGUUCUUUUUUUUGUUUUCAACCACGCAGUUUUUUUUAAACUUAGAUUAAGAAGAUACUGUAACAGAAACAAUGCCAUACAAGAUUGUUGUAUAAGUUCAAUUAACACAUUUAAUACAUCAUCUUCAACGAAUCAAACC